CAAUCCCUCUCUCUCUCCCUUUCCCUUCUUUUUCUUGGCGUCUUUUCUUGCUACAAGGGUUAUCCUUUGUGGGUUUUCUUGGUUUUGUUAAUUUGCUAUCGACCUUUCUGGGAUUCUUUGACCCAACCCACCCUUUCCAAGCGUUAUUCUCAUUAUUAUUAUUAUCCAUUUUUCUAUUGGGGUUCCCUCACUUUUUGUUGUUUUCGUCUGAGAGAUUCUUCCCAGUGGGAUUUUGGCUUCUCUUUUUGUUCUGUAGCUUUGUAAGCAUUUUUGUUUUGUUUUCUUACGUCCCUUUUAUAUUUGGUGAGUUCCAUUCUCUGUGCCAUUUGGUUCAUUUCGUCUCUGUUAAUGGGCUGUUGAUGUCUUUGGCCGACGGAGUGGUCUCAAGUUCCAAAAGCAUGGGUUACGAUGAAAAAACCAACGAGGGCGAGGAACACAGUGAAGCUUCAAAAACACAGACAACAGCAAAAACGGCUACAGAUGAAGAAAAUGCCGGUGCCCCAGGAGGGCUGGUACGGCGAAUGAGUGAGAGUUCUAUCUAUGCAACCGAGGAGGAUGAAGAUGAUGCAGAAAGGAAGUUAGAGUUGGGUCCUCAGUACACACUGAAGGAACAAUUCGAGAAGGAUAAGGAUGAUGAGAGCUUGAGGAGAUGGAAGGAACAGCUUCUUGGGAGUGUAGACUUCAAUUCUGUUGGAGAAACUCUAGAGCCAGAAGUUAAGAUCCUGAGCCUCGCAAUUAAGUCCCCUGGAAGAGCUGAUAUCUUUCUUCCCAUUCCCCAGAAUGGUAACCCCAAGGGCUUGUGGUUUACUCUGAAAGAAGGAAGCCGUUACAGCCUGAAGUUCACUUUUCAGGUCAGCAAUAACAUUGUUUCAGGUUUCAAAUACACUAACACUGUGUGGAAAACUGGUAUAAAGGUGGACAGCGCAAAAGAGAUGCUUGGAACCUUCAGUCCUCAGGCAGAGCCUUACACACAUGAGAUGCCUGAAGAGACUACACCAUCUGGCAUAUUUGCCAGAGGAUCCUACUCAGCUAGAAGUAAGUUUGUUGAUGACGACAACAAGUGCUACUUGGAGAUCAAUUACACAUUUGAUAUCCGUAAGGAUUGGCAGUCGGCUUAGACUGGGAAGUCUCCCUUCAGUGUUACUGUUUUUGUUACCUGUUAAUUGUUUUCUAAGCAGAAAUCUGCUUCAGUGUUGACAUGUCUCAUUUCCAGUAUCGUAUUUAUUUUCAAUCCUGUCUGAGAUCAGCACCUAAACAAUGAAGAGAGUAUUUUUGUGGGAAAAAAAAAAUGAAAAAGAAAAUUAUAUUCAUUAAGUAGGUACUUGUUAAUAAA